CCUCCCCUUUCCUGAUUUAUAAUGUAACGCUGUAAGCUGAGGGGGCGCCUGGUGUCGGCUCUCUGCAGGUCUGGGGCCUGCGGCGGGGGGGAGAUGUUUUAUUUCAAAGCCGAGCGUGUCCCGUGGUGGCUCCACUCUGGGAGGCGAGGCUGGGCCCUGCGAGGGAAAUGCUCGUUUUUAAGCCCGUUUUGCUGUUGGCCAAGAAUAGCAAACGCCCACCAAAAAAAUCUCUUUGGCUGUUUCACUCCGCCUGCUCGAUUAGGGGGGAAAACAAAGAAAUUGUUCUGGUAGUAGGGCAAAACCAGCCCGGCUUGGGACUUGGGCUGUUAAAAUUCCCAUGGGCUCCAGUGGCUGGAAUGAUUACAGUGGGCCCAUAAAAACAGUCAGCAGUGUUUCAGCGUUGGGGGAGGCCCGCUGGGAAACGCCGAGGUGCCUUUACCACCGCUAGCCAGUGAAUGCCAGUUUGCAGGAUACAGCCCGUGUACGGCGCCGUAUGGGUUUGUAAGUAAGUGGCACCAGACUUGCCGAUAAAGAGAAAGGUGCCCCAUGCAGUUGGGGCUGCGGUGUGAUUUUACGUGAGCUAAUCUGGGCUGAGCUUGGGGGAAGAUUUGAAAGCACUAGGGCUAAAACACUGUACUGGGACUAAUUUUUAUUUUCAUGCGUAGUGACUAUCAGGAGAAAACGAAGUGAUUCUCUGAUGGUGUAGACUCCUGCAAUAGGCAUGUGACCUGACCAAAGGGCUUCAUUCCCUUCAGGAUAUACUGUGGGCUGUGAGGGGUCCAGCCAAAAAGGUUUGAGAGCAUAUGUGAACCAGGUGUUUAAAAAAAUAAAACUAAAAACAGAGCAAAACAAAAAAAGCCACUUAAGGACUGUGGCAACUGUUACAGUUUUUCUGACUGAACCGGAAAAAAAAAGUCAUGCUGGGAAGCGGGGUGUUUGUGCACGGGGCCGUGGAGGUGUAUGCUGGUAUUAGGGCUGUUGGGGAGAAGGGUGUAGGUAAACGCAGCGCUGCCUGGCCCGGCCUUCCUGCUGCUCACCCCGCUGCCACCUGCCCGGGGUCCUUGAUGGCAUGCUAAGUGCUGGCCAGGUGUAGCACUCUGUAUUACUACCAUUUUCUGUUUUUUAGCUCCAUUACCAAGGCUGUUCUCUCCCAAGAUUGGGUUUCCUCCAAGCUCUAGACUCCUUAGCUUGUUUCUUUUUUUUAACUUUGUCAAGCAAAUCACCACCUCCAGUCUUCAGCAGAAUUAGCCUCAUUUUAGGUGAGAAUUCUAUAGUCAUGGGGAUUUUUUAAGAGAUUGGAGCUUUCCUGGGCAGAACACAUCCUAUGGCUUGGACCAUAAAAGGAACUGAUACUCCCCAGGGGAAGCAGGACUCUUGAACUGAAGAAGUUGGCAGGUUAGGAUUUGGCUAUGGGAGUGCACUUCCUGCAGAAGGCAUCUGCGUGGGUUAAGAAGCACAAGACCGCUUUGUUGGCUGUUUCUUGCAUGGGACUGUUCGGUGCUAACCUUUCCCAUCAUGUGUUUCCUGAGCAGACAUUCAAACUGUUACACGAGUGCUGGUCAGAUGGGCAGCCAGCUGAGCUUUCCCAGAGGCUCUGUGGUGUCUUUCAUGAUGUCCUUCAAGAUACUAAUGUGAAAUCCGCUAACUCCUAUCGAGCCUUUGCGGCUUCUGGCUUCCACCCAGUGAGUGCUGGAAUGCCGUGGCUGCCUGCGGGCUCAGUGGUGGGCAUCCCUCCUAAUUUUGAUAGCACAGUUGAGGAUAAAAAAGCAAUAGUCAACCACGUUGUCGUGAUCAAUGGCAAGGAAGUAGACUGGGAGAGCAGUCACGGUGUUGCUUUGAGGGAAGCUCUGACAUUUUCACCUGAAGCCCAGAAAUUUGCUAUUGCCAGAGAAAUUGUAUAUUUGCAAAAUGGCAGUCCUUUAGCAAAUGCAGCUGUGGCUCCAGCUUGCUUAGCUGGUACAUAUUUCGGUGGGAUAGGUAUAAAGAUACUUCUGGGUUUAUAUCCUGGUCCCGUGAUACUUCGCAGCGUCUGUAACCUCAUAAUUGCCACCGCUGGACUAAUCUGCUAUUACAUUUCUUAUGAUGCUGUGACCUAUCAUCUAGACUGCAAGGCUGAUAGAAAUGCAGCUACCAUUUCCAAAGACUACGCCAGAGGUGGGGUGGAAUUUUAUGACAAAAUUUUGUCCCGCAACAGGAUUCUUCGUACUCUGAUGGGCAAGCAAGGGGUGAAAGUAUAUGCCCCUAGUGGUAACCUUUUCCCAAGGCACUGGUUCAGAAUAAAGUAUACCCCGUACACUUACCGAAGAGAUUUGAUUGUUAAUAUUUUAAGAGAGCUCCAGGCAUAGGAAGGGAGCGAUUGAAUUUUAAACUUGUGAAUUAUGUAUUCUCUUGGAACACUGUUGCACUGCUUCUUUCUUUUUUUUCCCUGUAUCUCCAUUAGAAUUUUGGGUUUUAUUUUUGCAUAUAGUUUAGAAAGAGUUAUUGCGCAUUCUGUGAAUAAAGAAUUCUCUCUUAAAAUAUUUAA